AUGGCCGACUUUGCGAAGCUCUCCAUUUUCGGCACGGUCUUUGAGGUGACGACGCGCUAUGAGAACUUGCAGCCGGUGGGAAUGGGUGCCUUCGGCCUCGUGUGCAGUGCAAAAGACAAGUUGACAGACACGUCGGUGGCGAUCAAGAAAGUGAUGAAGCCCUUUAGCACGCCGGUCCUCGCGAAGCGUACCUAUCGCGAACUGAAGCUCCUCAAGAACAUCCGGCACGAGAAUGUACGUGUGGCGACUUACCCAGAUUAUCAGCCUGAUUACUUUGUCACCGAGCUGCUCGGUACCGACCUGCACCGCCUGCUCACCAGCCGCCCGCUGGAGAAGCAGUUUGUGCAGUACUUCCUCUACCAGAUUCUGCGCGGCCUCAAGUACGUGCACUCGGCCGGCGUCGUGCACCGCGACCUAAAGCCGAGCAACAUCCUGAUCAACGAGAACUGCGACUUGAAGAUCUGCGACUUUGGUCUCGCGCGUGUGCAGGACCCCCAGAUGACCGGAUACGUGUCUACGCGCUACUACCGCGCGCCGGAGAUUAUGCUCACCUGGCAAAAGUACGACGUCGCGGUCGACGUGUGGAGUGCAGGCUGCAUCUUCUCCGAGAUGCUCGAGGGCAAGCCGCUGUUCCCCGGCAAGGACCAUGUGAACCAGUUUUCGAUCAUCACCGAGCUCCUCGGCACGCCCCCGGACGAGGUGAUCCAGACGAUCUGCUCGGAAAACACGCUGCGCUUUGUGCAGUCGCUGCCGAAGCGCGAGCGCGUCUCGUUCCGCGAGCGCUUCCCGAAUACAGACCCCGAGGCGCUGGAUCUGCUCGACAAGAUGCUCGUCUUUGACCUGAACAAGCGCAUCACGGCCGCGCAAUCGCUCGGACACCCCUACCUCGCGCCCUACCACAACCCCGCGGACGAGCCCGAGGCGGACGAGACCUUUGACUGGAGUUUCAACGACGCGGACCUCCCGAUCGAUACGUGGAAAGUGAUGAUGUACUCGGAAAUUCUCGACUUCCACAAUAUGGAGGAACCGGGACUGGACACGGGCGCUGUGCCCAUGGCCAAGUCCGUGCAGGAGGUUGGCGAGCAGUAG